GCAAGUAAGCCAGGUGUCAACCCAAAUUCAAAUCAAAUAAUCCGUGUAGAUUUUAGAUCUACAAAAAAACACAGCCCGAUUUCAAAUCAACUUCAACAAGUUCACACACAGCUAAUCUCUUCACACCACUAAAAGCUGCUUUGACCAAAAAAAAUAAAAAUCACCCUUUUAUUCCCCUCAUUAUCUACAGUACCACCUCCCAUACUCAAAACCUCUGCACUUCAAAUUUCCAAUCAGAUUUGGGGACAAACCCCAGCUGAAAUCUCAAUCACAGUCUCCCCCUGCUGCUCUCUUCUGUGGCCUGUAGCUCUUCGGUCUCCUUUUAUUCUCUGCUUGCAAUUUUCUUGGCAGCUAUUUGUUUUUUUUUUUUGUGUUUUUUUGGGCUGCUGCAUGUUCGCUUCGAUGAGGGAGAAUAACUUUUGAUCGAUAUGCACGCAAUAUGCUCGAUGCUUUGUCUCAAUGGGCAUCUUCUAUCUCGCCGCCGCAGGUAGAAUUUUCGAGCGACAUCCCACGCUGGUUGGACAAACUAUUGAAAGAGGAGUUCUUUGAUCCUUGUGGAAAUCAUUUAGGAAGCAAACAGAAUGAGAAGAAUAUAUUUUGCCUAGAUUGUUCUUUGAGCAUCUGCAGCAAUUGUUCUUCGCGCCAUUUUGGUCAUCGAGUUCUCCAAAUUCGGAAGUACAAUGAGCACAGAGUGGUAAAAAUAGAGGAUAUGGGAAAACUACUUAUUUGUUCCUUAGUUCAGUCAUACAUGCUGAACAGAGCACAAGUAGUGUUCUUGAAAGCGAGAUCUGCAAAUAAAAAGAAAGACAAAGCACAGAAUGAACAACAAACUAACAAGAAGAGAGGGAGGGCCCAGAAUCAGCACACCCAAAACUCUGACAAGAUCUGCUCAUCCUGCCCACGAGCUCUCAAGGAAGAUUUUGAGUAUUGUUCUGUUGUUUGUAUGGUGAAAAAGGUGUUGGAAACCGAGGGAAGCAUUAAGAAAUACCUUCGACCUUUCCUGCCACUUCCAUUAAACCUUGAGGAGUUUAAUGGAGAACUAGUUCCUAGUGAGCUUGUCCUUAGAGAUCCAAGCGCUUCUGGUUCAAAUGGUGCUCGACGUGCUGAGUGCAAAAAGAAAAGAAAGAACAAUGAUGUGGAGACGUCUCCCUCUCCUUGUGCCUUAGUCCAAUCACACCGAAGGAAAAGUAUCCCUAGGCGGGCACCAUUUUUCUAAACUCAAGGGUUCUGGAUUUUUGCUCUGCAAUCCUUGAACUGCUGGAGAGGGCAUCAAAUUGGAGAUAUUAUUAGGCAGUUUUCAGGUGCUUUUUACCUUUUGAACUGAACUUAUGAACAUAAGCUUGAACAUUAUGCAAGUUCUAAAACUAGUACUUAAAGUCAUAAGGAGUUUGAAACAUGAAGUCAGUUGCCAGCGAGGGAUUUCCUUAGAGUUACUUAAAUCACUAUUCAUUUAUUAUCACUAUUUUUUGACUAGUUUGGUAUGGUGGUUGUUUUAUUUGAUUCCUGAAAUCUGAUCGCUUCA